UAAUCACUAGAGCUCAAAACAGAGACAAAAUUCCUUACAUCACCAAUUGGUGGCCAUAGGUCUUAGGUGCAUGUAGUGAAGUGCCGACAUGUUUCCCCGAUGCCGAUACGCCACCAACGCGACCCCGAUUCGUAUAUUGGUUUUAGGUGUUCCAUUAGUAGCAGUUUUAUGUUAUUUUUACUUCUUUUUAUAUGCGUCCAAUUAUAGUUGCAUUCAUCCUUGGUUUAUUGUCUCCGACAGAAAAAACAAUCAAAGUUAUUCCUAUCCUUGGACUGAUGCAAAUUGUGGUUGGCAAAUAACGCCACCGUGUCCAAAUAUGAUUCCAUCUCAGUUGGUCGAAUGGAGGAACCUCUCGUUGGAGACAACGAUCGCCAUCCUUAAAGAAGACGAAGACGCUGUUCAAUUGAAGAUGACAAAAUCGGGAAUCAAAGUCGGUGGGAAGUACAAACCAGUUGAGUGUCAAUCGCAGCAUAAAGUGGCUGUCGUCGUUCCAGUGCGGAAUCGAACGGAUCAUUUGACCGUUUUCUUGCGGUACAUGCAUCCGUUUUUGCAACGUCAGCAACUCAACUACAUAAUCAUCGUCGUCGAACAAUCUGAAAAAUCGCCAUUCAACCGGGGGAUGCUAAUGAAUAUCGGCUUUAAAGAGGCCCAGUUGCUACAAGAGAAUUUCCAAUGUUUCAUCUUUCACGACGUUGACCUUCUGCCAGAAUACGACGGCAAUCCCUACACCUGCCCAGAAGACGGAAAGCCUCGACAGAUGGCCUUUUCCGUUGAUUCAUGGAACUACAAACCCACAUCCGCAAACCAUUUCGGAGGUGUGACCGCAUUAUCGACCAAUGAUUUUCAAAGUGUCAACGGAUUUUCAAAUUCAUUUUGGGGUUGGGGUGGCGAGGACGAUCAAUUAUAUCAACGCGUCAAGUCACAAAACCUGAACGUGACGAGAGCUUUUGACGAACAGCCAUCCCUUAUUCAUCUAGCCCGUUACAAGACGCUGUCCCACAAAAAAGCCUCACCCAAUCCUGACAGGAUGCAAGUGAUCAAAGAAGGUCCCAGCCGAUUCAAAACUGAUGGGUUGGUCGAUCUGAGAUAUAAAAGACUCGAUUUCCAAUUCAAACCCCUUUACACUCAUAUUCUUGUCGAUAUCCAACCUAAUAGCAUUACACAAAAAUAAUUUAUGCCGCAUCAGUGUGUAGC